CGGCGCCGCGGGGAGCGCGCCAUGGCCUCGCCGGUGACCGCCCUGCUCCUGCCGCUGGGCCUGCUGCUCCAUGCCGCCACGGUCCUCGAGUCAUUCUCGUUCCGGAUGUCGCCGGUGCAGGUGCAGGCUCGCCUGGGCGAGAAGGUGAAGCUGCACUGCGAGGUGCUGCAGUCCAGCAUGACGUCGAGCUGCUCCUGGCUCUACCAGAAGCCCGGGGACGCCUCCAGACCCAUCUUCCUAAUGUAUCUCUCCAGCACGCGGUCCAAGCCGGCCGAGGGGCUGGACACCAGUUACAUCUCCGGCACCAAGGCCGAGGGCGCCAACUUCCACCUCACUCUGCACCGCUUCCACGAGGAGGACCAAGGCUACUAUUUUUGCUCGUUCAUGAGCAACUCGGUUAUGUACUUCAGCAAUUUCGUGCCUGUCUUCUUGCCAGCGAAGCCCACCACGACGCCGGCGACGCCACCAGCCACGCGGGCGCCCACCAAAGCGUUGCAGACUGUGUCUCCGCGCCCAGAGGUGUGCCGGCCCUCGGCGGGCAGCGCAGUAGACACAAGGGGGCUGGAUUUCUCCUGCGAUAUCUACAUCUGGGCGCCCCUGGCCGGGACCUGCACCAUCCUUCUCCUGUUAUUGGUCAUCACGUUCAUCUGCCACCAUCGGAACCGAAGACGCGUCUGCAAAUGUCCCAGGCCUGUGGUCAGACAGGGAGGCAAGCCCAGCCCUUCAGAGAGAUGCACCUAACAUGCGACGGGCCCCGCGUGACAGCCACUACAAGACUUCAAACUGAGAACUCUCCUGACAGGGAGAGCAGGAGUCCUUCCCUUUUGGUUCCUCCAGCCUUCCUUCCUUCCCUAUGUAUUCAUUCUCAUUAGUAUUGUUUUCCUGGGGGUGGGGUGGGAAGAGUUAACUUUUUCUUUACGUGUUUACUUUGAUUGACACAAAACGAGACUCUACCAUGUCUAGGGUACACCGCAAGGGUUAUAAUACCGUUGUGCUCCCACAUUGGGGUAAAGGGGAGGUAGGCCAGAGCUACCGCAAGCUGUGUUCUCGGAACCAGGCUGUGAGGGCUGGCGGGGGCCUCGGCACCCACUCAGCCCCAACCUCUUCCCCAGCCAUUUUACAAAGGAGGAGGCUGAAGCCCAGAGAUGGGCAGCAGCUGUAUCAGAGUCCCAGCAGGGCUCGGGGCUCGACCUCCACACAGUCCAGGUCUCUCUUCUGGAGGCCUCUGUCUCAGAAUGGGGAGCUGUGUCUCAAGCCUCAAGAGAACAAGUGAUUUUUUUUUUCUUUUUUU